AUGGCGACCACCUAUGGGAGCUUGAACUUGCACACAACCCCUGAGAAGUUUUACAUAGAGGCCUGUGAUGCUGGCGCCAAUGAUGUCCUGGCCAUUGAUAGAGUUUCCGCUGAAAUGACACUCACAGGGAUGAAGGAUGUCCCUCCAUCUGCUGUCUCUCAGCCCAUCUGUGGCAUCAUGGGAACCAUCCGCUUGGUGGCAGGCAUGUACCUCAUUGUGAUCACCAAAAAGAAGGAGGUGGGGGACCUGUUUGGGCACACCUUGUGGAAAGCCAUUGACUUUGAUGUCAUCUCUUACAAGAAGACCAUGCUUCACCUCACAGAUAGCCAGAUGCAGGACAACAAGACCUUCCUCUCCAUGAUUCACAGUGUGCUGGCCACAGAUGGCUUCUAUUUUUCCACAGACUAUGACCUGACACACACCCUGCAGCGCCUGUCAAACACCAGCCCUGAGUUCCAGGAGAUGAGUCUGCUGGAGCGGGCAGAUCAGAGGUUUGUUUGGAAUGGACACCUACUGAGGGAAUUCAUUGCACAACCAGAGCUCCACAAGUUUGUAUACCCUGUACUCCAUGGAUUCAUGUCAAUGAGCUCCUGCUGCAUCAAUGGGAAAAUCUUUGACUGGGUCAUCAUCUCCAGGAGGAGCUGCUUCAGGGCAGGGGUGCGCUAUUACGUCAGAGGCAUAGACUCUGAAGGACAUGCUGCCAACUUUGUGGAGACAGAGCAGAUCAUCCAGUACAACGGUGCAAAGGCUUCAUUUGUACAGACUCGAGGCUCCAUCCCUUUCUUCUGGUCCCAGAGACCUAACCUCAAGUACAAACCAAAACCACAGAUCAGCAAAAGCAUCAAUCAUUUGGAUGGUUUCCAGAGACAUUUUGACUCCCAGCUCAUCCUCUAUGGAAAACAAGUAAUUUUAAACCUGGUGAACCAGAAAGGUUCAGAGAAGCCGCUGGAGCAGGCCUUUGCCCAAAUGGUGUCCAACCUUGCUAACGGUAUGGUCAGGUACAUUGCUUUUGACUUCCACAAGGAGUGCAGCCGAAUGAGAUGGCACCGACUGCAUGUUCUGGUGGAUGCUGUCUCAGAGAUGCAGGAUGAAUUUGGCUACUUUCUGGUGGACUCCGAUGGGAAGGUGCAGAUGCAGCAGGAGGGCACGUUCCGCAGCAACUGCAUGGACUGCCUGGACCGGACCAACGUGGUCCAGAGCUUGCUGGCGCGACGGUCGCUACAGGCUCAGCUGCAGAGGCUGGGCGUUCUCCACGUGGGGCAGAGAAUUGAGGAGCAGGCGGAUUUUGAGAAGAUGUACAAGAACGCCUGGGCUGACAAUGCCAAUGCAUGUGCCAAACAGUACGCUGGCACAGGGGCCUUGAAGACGGACUUUACAAGGACAGGGAAGAGGACCCAGUGGGGUCUGGUGAUGGACGGCUGGAACUCCAUGAUCAGAUACCUCAAAAACAACUUCUCUGAUGGGUUCAGACAGGACUCUAUCGAUCUCUUCCUGGGGAACUACGCGGUGGAGGAGGAGGAUCUGAUAACACCGCUCCACCGGCCGAGGGAUUGGAAGUUCCUCACUCUUCCAAUCAUCAUGCUGGUGGCAUUCUCCAUGUGCGUCAUCUGCCUCCUUAUGGCCGGGGACACCUGGACGGAGACCCUGGCGUACGUGCUUUUCUGGGGCAUGGCGAGCGUGGGCACGGCCGCUGUCAUCCUCUUCAACGGGCGGGACUUUGUCGACGCCCCCAAGCUAGUGCAGAAGGAGAAGAUGGACUGAAUGUGUGUGUGUGGGCAGCAGCUCGGUCCCAGUGACUCCUCCUCCUCCUCUCAUCAUCAGCCGCAGGCCUGGAGUCUGUACUGAUCUGUCGUCCCCCGAGGUGACGGAGGGGGGGUGGCUGGGUCGACAUUUUCCAUCCCAGAAUUCAUUUCUCUCGUCCAGCUGGCGUCUAAAGCCUGGGCUGGCCUGCUGCUGUCCACACUGUUGUCGGAAACCAAGUGUCAGAGCGUGUCCCUCCCCUGCCCCUUGCCUCCUGUCCCUCUCUCUUGUCCUACACCGUGUCCACUGUCGGCUCUGCGCUCCCACUGGAGUUCCUCUCUCCUUCAGUACAACACAGAUCACACCGCUGUCUGAUUUUAAAGGGUCAGUCUUUCCCCUGUGCUUUCAUCAUGUCAUCCUCCUUUAUCUCGCAAAGCGUUGGCGGGGGGUGCUGGGGUGUAGAGAAAUCACUCUCCGAACGUUCCACUCAAGUCUAAGUGUCUCACAAGGUGAGGGAGGCUAUUCCAUGGAGAACCAGUACCUGUUAGCAGGUCCCCAGCUUUUACUAGUCCUCUAGAAGGCUUGUGGACCAGUUGUUUCAGCUUUAACUUUCAUUGGAAAGCUUUUGCACCAGUGCAGAAUUGUUCCAAAGAAAUAGCCUAGAGAACAAUGUAUGGGGGAUGUUUACAUUAUUGAGUAUGUUCAGUUUGUAACUGAAGUUAAAUUGGACUCUUGCAUUGCCCAUACAGUCACAAGCAUGGUGACCUCCAGUAAUGGGAUAGUGUGUCCACCUAGCUGGACACGUUCAAUGUUCAAGUUGAAUAAACACUGCAUCUCAAUACCAAAAAAAAUUCUCUUUGUGGGAGAUUGCAGUGUAUAUGUGCCAUUGUGCCACUUAUGUAGCAUUGCGCCAGGCUGCUCCUCCAUCCUCAUGACAGUGUUCCAUAAAUGCACCCUGACCUACUAGGAGUACUAGGCUGCCACCUGUACCUGGGGUGAUCCGCUUUUAAGACCCACCUCAUCUACACUCAACAAACUCUUCCACUAUAAGUGGAAACAGCUCUAAUGGCACAGACGUGUUCAAGUGUAUGUAGUUGCAGGUGAGUGGAAACAAUCCGUUACUCUAGCGAGAAAAAAACAGUCAGAACGGUUUGACACCAUACCUAAAUGAUGUGUAUGAAUUCAGACCCUUAAAACUAAAGAUGCAAAAACCGGUUGCGAGAUAAGAGUGAAACAGCUGCCCUCUGCCUGUAAGUCCUUUCCUAGAGUUCAUCCUUGUUUUAGUAGACACAUGGGUGAAGCUGAAGUGGAACAUAUGAUUACUGCAGCCAUGCCUCUUGGAGAGAAGUUGUGUGACAUCUGUAGAUCAGAUGAAGUCCCCUGUCCAUUUUGAGCCAGCAUCUUAUCUUCACCAUAAGGAAUGCUGUAGGUCCUCUGUCCUGUGGCAGUGACCUCCAUGUGGUUUCUGGUGCUUUGGCUCUUAACUGUAUUAGUCAGUUGGCUCCAUGUGUCACUGUGUUUGGCAAAUGAGCUAUGUACUAUUUUGUCAAGUCCCAGGGUUUUCUCAAGUUGCAGUCUUUGAUGCAGCCUCCUAGUGUUGACUGUGGAUCAGAUUAAUCUUUUUUUAAAGUUGUCAUUGGGGUCAGAAUAAGAGUGGGCUUGAGCCCAGAUUGUUUGUUGAGACAAGAAUGUAAUAAGAUCCUUGUUGCCUUAAGCCAUUUGUCCAGCGCUAGGAUAGUGGAGAAGAGUUGAUCAGAGAAUAGUAUAUGGUGGUAAUCAAAUAUGUUCCUCAUCUUGGUACAGGAUUUCAGAAUGGCAUUAGGUAAUCAGAGAAUGUAAAAAAGGUCAUUAUUCUUUCCACUUUUAAUCUAUGGUCCAAACGUUGCCAUAAUACAAUGUUAAUGCACCUGUCAUAAUAGACACACUGUAGUUAGCUUGUUUACCACUUUUCACUACAAAGAUGCUAACUGUGUUGGACACAUGGAAUUAGUUUUAGUAAUUGGUGCAGAGUAAAUGCUUGUAGUAAACUGCAUCUUUUGCAUGCCAUUUUGAAACUUACCUUUUGUAACAAGCAGUUACAUUGAUUGAUUAAAAAGUGAUCUUAUAGGGAAUGGAUACAAUGCAGUGCUUUCUAUGUGCACGAACCAUCUGUCCCAGACCAACUUAAGGAUGCCUACUGUGCAGUUUCUGUCUGUGUGUAAACAUGACUUGUAAAAUAAAGAUUUGUUAGAAGAUCAAUAUAUCUUAUAUAUAGCCAUUUCCUUGUAAAGAUAUACUGUAUAUUUUUCUUGAUGAGCUCCAUGUGGAAUACUUGGCAAUGCAAACUCUAAAUAAUGCCAAGUUGAAUAUGAUGGUACCUUUUUCAUCAAGUCUU